AUGUAUAACCCACCACCACCAUCUGGUUCACAAGGUAAUAAUAAUUAUUAUAGACAACCAUCAUCCACACCGGGUGUAUCAAACCCAAACCCACAAGCUAAUCAAUUUUUACCACCACAACCAUCUAAUACUACACAAACACCAGGAGGCUAUCCACCACAACAACAACAAAGACCACCAACUGGAGCACCACAACAACCAGGAGGUUAUCCAACUCCACCACCACCAGGAGCACCAGGAGGUUAUCCACCACAACAACAACCAGCCGGUCAAUAUGGAGCACCACCACAACAACAACCAGCCGGUCAAUACGGAGCACCACAACCAGCAGGACAAUAUGGUGCACCACAACCAGCAGGACAAUAUGGUGCACCACAACCAGCAGGACAAUAUGGCGCACCACCACCACCACCAGGAGGUGCAGGUAUUUCAUUAGUAAAGAAUCAACAAAUUUCAUUAACUAAAGAAGAUCCAACUCUUAGAAAAUUAACAAUUGGUUUAGGUUGGGAUGUAAACACCACACCAACUGCACCAUUCGAUUUGGAUGCAGUUGUUUUCAUGUUGAAUGCACAAGGUAGAGUUAGAACCUCACAAGAUUUCAUUUUCUACAAUAACAAGGUAUCAAGAGAUAACUCUGUUUCUCAUCAAGGUGAUAAUUUAACAGGUCAAGGUGAAGGUGAUGAUGAAGUUGUCCUCGUAAACUUACAAGCAGUUUCACCAGACGUCACUCGUUUGGUUUUCGCUGUCACCAUUCAUUUAGCCGAUGAAAGAAGACAAAACUUUACAAUGGUACCAAGAGCUUUCAUUCGUGUUGCCAAUCAAGAAACUGGUAGAAAUAUCUGUCGUUACGAUCUCUCUCAAGAAGGUGGUCCAAACACUGCCCUCAUUGCUGGUGAAGUUUAUCGUGAUCCAUCAAAUCCAAACAAUUGGUCUUUUGUUGCUGUUGGUAAAGGUAUGCAAGGCGCUCUUCCAGGUUUACUCCAAAUCUUUGGUUGUCAAUAA